UCAUGGCCAAUCACAAUCAAAUGUCUACCUUUAAAUUCAGUGACGUUUUGUUUUUCCGCAUUGCAGACAUUGCGCCGGUCAUGUCGUCUUCCGACUGCGAUCCCGUACCUGUGUCCGUUCCAGGCGUCCCCGACGGGGCAUCUGAUUCCUCGCCUGGUCCUGCUUUCAGGCGUAGCUCCCGUUUGGCGUCCCUUCGCGAGUCUGAUGUUCGCCUGCAGCUUGCUUCGGUGAAUGUCACUCCCGCGCCGGGCCUGGGCGCCGAUCAGAUCCAGGAGCUCGCCGGCCUCGCUGGUUUCCGGGACGAGGGUUCCCCCGUGCCUGCCGCUUCUGCUCCCCAUGCUCCCGCGGCUCGCGGUCGGAAGCGCACGUCGAAGUCCUGCUCCAGAGCUCCUCCUGGAAAGCGCACGGCUCCUCGCUCGGCAUCGUCUCCUCCUCCCUCCUCUCAGCCGGAUUUGGC